AUGUGCGGACAACGGCUAGGCACUGGCUCCUUGGACCACUUCAAACUCGGAGACAAGCGAAGCGGCAUCCUCCGGCGCGGGCCUGUCGCGCACCCUACCUGGCAGAUGGAAUCGUAUUGGUCGGCCAGCAACCCACUGCAGAUUCACGGCUACCUACUCUGCUGCCAACCCGACUGUUCGACGUCGCAGGGCGGCAAAGGUGCAUCGAAGUGUAGGGGGGGGAAACGGUUGGACCUUAGCACGCAGCCAGUAGACACGGUGGAGGCCACCUGCGGGCAUGGGUUGAUUGCGCCCACCGCCAAGAAUGGAUCCCCAACAACAACUUUAGGGUUCCACCCACCUACAGAAGCGAGACUGUCUAGACUGUGCAUGCCUACCCAGCCUGCGCUUGUCCGAGCAUCACUGACUAAACAGCGCUCAACCCAGGGUUUGAUGUGGCGGCCGGAUGCCCGUCAAAUCGGCCGGACCAACGCAAGGUCGAAAAGAAAGCCCGCGUCAAACUCAUAUCGUCCCCGCAUAUUCCGUCAAAAUGCCUUGCCAGUAUGCCCUCGGCAGUCCAUCUGAUAAAUCUCUUCUUUCUCAAGCCGCCCAAACUGCAGUUAGAUCUAAAUUGGUUUGCUUGCGCAAUAGAAAUCCUUUUCGGCGUUUACGAUAGACUGAUUCGCAUUUUCAACGACCCGCGUGAAUAUACUCUAUAGUCUAAAUAAGCCGUGGAAUUUUGGAAA